ACGCACGUCGAUUUCGAUUAAUUUUGCACCGCGCGCGAUGUGGGAAAUGGGCUUGGUAAUGGAGUUUGUUGUUCAUCAAUGCUGAGAGGUGAUGUGAUUAAAAAACCCAAAAUGGGUGUUCUUCAAACAUGUUUGAGAAUCGUCGGUUGGAUUCCUGUAAUUUUUAUUUCUGCUGUAAUAGCAUGGUCUUACUAUGCCUACGUGGUUGAGUUGUGUAUAUUUACUCUUGCCAAGGCAGACCAGAAGUAUGCUCAAAUGGUAUUCUACCUGUUGUUCUACCAUGUUUUCUUGGCAAUGUUUUGUUGGGCCUACUGGCAAACAGUCUUCACACCACUAAGAGUUAUACCUGAGAGAUUCUUCCUGAGUAGCUCAGAAUUACAUCGUUUUGAGAGUGAGGACAGGACAGAGCAUCAAGUUGAGAUUCUUCGUGAAAUAUCUCGAGAAAAACGAUUACCAGUUCACACAAGAACAUAUGGAGGAGGCAUGAGAUUCUGCAAUAAUUGCAAAGCAAUUAAACCUGAUAGAUGUCACCAUUGCUCAGUAUGUAACAAAUGCAUAUUGAAGAUGGAUCACCAUUGUCCAUGGGUGAAUAACUGUGUUGGUUAUGCUAACUACAAAUUCUUUGUACUCUUCCUACUCUACUCUGUACUGUAUUGUAUGUAUGUUGCCCUCACGGUUCUACCUUACUUCAUCCAGUUCUGGUCGGGAGGCCUGUCAAACGAGAGUGGACGUUUUCAUAUCCUCUUCCUGUUCUUUGCGGCGGUCAUGUUUGGUAUAAGCACCUCCGUUCUCUGCUGUAUGCACACCCAUCUCAGUCUCACCAACAGAAGCACCCUGGAAUCUUUCCGUGCUCCUGUGUUCCGUCAUGGCCCAGACAAGGAUGGAUUUAGCCAUGGUAAUUGCUGUGAUAACUUCAGAGAAGUCUUUGGGGAUAAGAAACUCUACUGGAUUCUGCCUAUAUUCACAAGCAAGGGUGAUGGUGUAGUGUAUCCAGUUCAAUGUAAAGAUGAUGAUUCUGAUAGACUCCUUGAUGAUGGUGUUGAGAGUGAUGUCCUCAGUGGAAUGGAAGAAGAUGGAGCACAGGGAGAUGCAGCAGGCAAUGGGGAUCUACAUGGCAGCAUCAGUGUUGGAGCUAACUAUAACACCAUGAAUUCCAACAAUCAGCAUGUCACUAUACAGAUGGAAGGAAGGAAUGGUGAUGCAGGUAUGCCAUGAAUCAAAGGGGUCCUGGUAAUGUUAACUUUGGAGCAGACAUUGAAUCAGGAAAGUAAAGCAUCACAGAAUGGCCUUACCAUCGUCAUCAUGGCAGCUUGAACAAAUCAAAACCAUUGUUUAACUCAACAGGGUGCAAUCUCAGACCAAUACUUCAUUUUGUUUCUUUUUGAUCAAAUGUAUACUCCUAGAAUCAGCAAAUUAGAUUAUACAUUGUUGAAAUACACAGAUUUUACUUGAAGGACAAGUCCACUCCAACAAAAAGUUUAUUUGAAAAACAAGCACAACAGUGAAAAUUUCAUCAAAAUUGGAUUUAAAAUAAGAAAGUUAUGACAUUUUAAAGUUUUGCUUAAUUUCACAAAACAGUUACAUGCACAUCCUGGCUGGUAUGCAAAUGAGGAGAAUGAUGAUGUCAUCCACUUACUAUUUCUUCUGUAUUUUGUUAUAUGAAAUAUUCUAAUUUGUUCCUCCGUGCCAAGUGAAAUAUGAUUAAUUCCUCCGUGAACAUGUGGAAUUGGCAUUUUUAAUACUAUAUGGUUCUGUCAAGUUGGUUCUUAUUGUCAAACCUGUAAACAUGAAAUAUUGUAUUAUUCAAACAAUGAAAAACAAAAGAAAUAGUGAGUGAAAGACAUCAUCGACUGUCUCAUUUGCAUAUCACUGAAUUGUGCAUAUCACUGUUAAGUGAAAAAUAAGCGAAACUUUAAAAUGUCAUAACUUUCUUAUUUUACAUCCAAUUUUUAUGAAAUUUUCAGCAUUAUGCUCAUUUGAUCAUUCUCUAUUUAUUCAAGUCAAAAAUUUUCUGGGGUGGACUUUACCUUUAACCUGUUUGCUAUAGGAACCUGACAGUUCCUGUAUUAUCUGUGUUGAUAUUAUAGAAUUUGAGAGUUAAUAGGUUAAUUGGAAUGGGACCACAUGGAUGCAUUGAUACUCAAUGUUUUGUUGAUUCUUUUUCUUCAUUUUGUCUUGCAAUAGCAUGAAGAAAAGACAUAUCAUUUGUGUUGUUUUUGUGAUUGGAAAUUAUUAAAUAACCUUAUUUUUAUUGAUUGGUUUUAUGUGUGUACUGUACAUGUGAUUCCUAUGAUAUUGUUUUGAUAUCAUUAACAUAAUUUGAAACGAGAUUUAUUGGUCAACGAGAAUAAAUGAAGGCCUUUAUAUGGUCAGAUCUUGAGCAAUUGUUAUCCAUUGGGUUAUUUCUGAAUAGUCAGGAGUAUGAAUGUAAGAACUGCAUGUUCACAUUAAUAUUUAACUCUGCCUUUUCUGUAUAUAUGGUAUAGAGUAUGUUAUAUUGGUACUAGUAUUUUUCGAUAGAAUUAUACAUUUCAUUAACUGGAAGGGUAUUUUGAUAGGAGAGUGUCCAAUUAAGAUGAAUAUUUUUGGAGAAAAGGAAGUAUGAAUUAGAGAUGGGGUGUUAUGUAAGGAAAGGUAAAAUAUAUAUGUACAUAUAUUCUCUUACAGAUUUCACUCACAUCAUUGAUUAUAUUGAAUCUUUGAUAUUCAUACCAUUCAACCUCCAGGUUAAUCAAAUCUACAACAUUAUUUAUGCUAUGAUAUACAUAUACCUUUUAUAUCUUUGCAUGAUUAAUGAAAGGGCAGGAAUUAGAUUCAUGCCAGAAAAUCUGAUAAUUAAAAUAAUUGAUUUGUAUCGAUAUAAUUAUCAAGUCUGUGUAGAACUAUCAACUGUAUACAACACGUCAACGGAUGCAUGUAUUUUUUUAUGUUUCAAUGUAUUCCUAACAAUUAAGAAGGCCUUUGUUGGUAUACAUGCAUGGCAAAUAAUUUAAGCUAAAGGGGAAGGAUUUUGGAAGAAAACUUUAAAGUAGUUGAAUGUUGAGAGGUUUGGAAACAUUUGAAUUGUAUAAAAUGUACAUAAACCAAGUCCAUUGUACUUUAUUCUCAUGCAGUGUGCUGUUAUAAAUGUGAUUUUCUUUUGUUGAUUCAGUGCAAUUAUUUGCACAAGAACCUUUUAUCACAUUACAUUUCACAUCAUGCAGUUACCUUAUAACACUUUGCACAAAUAUUAGCUGUUUUCAUUACUGAUGUUCAAUAUUAUGUGGUAUGCAAACGGUUACUUUAUACACAGUUGUACACAGUACAUCAUAUACAAAACAAAUUAUUAAAAAACAUGCAAUUUUUGUUAUUCUCUGUUCUUGCUGAUUUUAUUUUUUAUUUGUAUUGAUAGUAAUGGUAUUGACUACUGAGUUCAUUUCGUAGAGAAUUUCUUUUGUAUAAAUGUACAAGUACUUGAAUUAUUUAUUUGUAUUAUAUUACAAAAAUUGUUGAAAAAUACUUGUGUAAUUCAACACAAUAGAAUCGUUCAGAAGUUAGUAGACAAUGAUUAUUUACUAGUGAUAUAUGUGGUAUUAGAUAUUAAACUCUAUGUAAAAGUAACAUUCAAUGAUAUUGAUUUUUAAGUACUUCCAAAAUUAUGGCUUAAAAAUUUGAUUCAACUUUGCCAAAUGUUCAACUGCAGAACUAGUACUUGUUGAAGUGGUCUUUUUUUAUAAAUUGUAAAAAAAAAAUUGCCUUGCUGUGUUUGGGCACCUGCCCCAGCAUCUUUCUGAAUAGUGUAUUAGCAAGCCAUAACUUUGGUAUUAUUUAAGAUCCAUAAUUGUCAUUUGUAUUGUUUGUGCAUGUAGUAAUAAAUGCAGUUCUUGCUGAAUGUUUGCUGUAUAGGAUUGUUAUAUGUCGGUACAUGUGUAAUUAAUUGCAUCACAUUUGUUAGGGAUGAGUCAUUUCAGGAAUUUUCAUUUUCAAAUUCCGAUGGUGUCUUACCAGUUGAAAAACUGUAUUCAAAUAGAUGGAAGCAGAAAUUUUAACACAAUUUUAAACAAAAAAAAAGAUAGAUUUUCAGUUUCUGGCCAAAAAAAAAAUCUCCAAGUGUAUGUCAUAGUUGAUUCCCAAACCUGAUUAAAAGAAAUGUUAACAUCCAAAAUCACCUAAUGUCACCUAUGUCUGCACUCUGCAAUGUCUCUAAAAAAUUGGGGGGGGGGGUGCAAUAUUAAGUUUGCACUCUUUGUUGCUGCAGAGGAUACUUGGAACUAGAAAUCCCAUCGCGAUUUCAGAUAGAAAUCAUUUACAUGAAUUGUGCUUGUUGCAUCGGAAAACCGGAAUUGGUAAAAUGUUGGAUCAGAAGUGUUCAAUAAUCCAUGACCCAGAGACCUAGUAUCUGUCAUUCAUUUGAUUUUAGUCUCUAAAUUUGAUUUGUAUUCUUCAAACAAGCUUUUAUGUGAUGGUAAAAAAGAAAGAGUAAAUGUAAUCUUUUAGGGAAUGAUAUCACAUUAAUCAUUGAAAAAUUGACAUUGAUGGUAUUGCAUUGUUGAUCUAUAUUCAUUGUUUAACUGCCUUACUUUAAAUUCAUCAAUGUUUAUAAUUGAAGAUCCAUAUAUUUGACUAUAAUCAACUAAUAUAAACAAUAGAUGUGUGUAUUUUUAUGGUAAUUCAGUGAUAUAGAUAGUUGUGGACUUAAUAUUCAGUAUUUUAGAGUAAAGUAUGAAGAGUGUUCACAAUGCCUUUAUGUCGGUGUACUAUAAAUAUCUAGGCCUACCAUUAAUAUAUGAAUAGACAAAAUUUUCUGUCUGUCUUGUUAUUAAGGAAAAUGUGCAUGGCGUAUAAAAUGAGAAAACAUAUAAUCUGUUAUAUGGUUAUAUAUCUGUAUGAAAUUGAGGAGACUCUAUUUCUUGGAAGCAAGUCCUUAGUGAUGCUAAUGAAUUGAUAAGGCAAGUUAUAUAUUAAUUUCACCUAUUUCAGUUUAGAAUAAAACACCUUUUUGUGUAUGAUAUAUUUGCAGGAAAAUAAAAUUAUCUUUAUAUUGUAAUUCAUUGGGAUUCUACCAUAUCUAUUUCUUAUUGUUGAUACGUAAAUGGCUGUUCAUUUGUAGACAUUUAAUCAAAUAUUCCACAUGAAAUGGGCAAAUUGAGAGGUUCUAUUUGUUUUGAAAGUUGAAACUUAAACAAUCCCUCAAAUCAAUUGAAUAUGUUUGUAAUGUCAUUGCUUCAGCAUGAUUUAUUGAUGAAUGCUUGAAUUACUGGGAUUUUCAAUAAUUACUUGCUGUAGACUAUGAAUAUUCUUUUGUGAAUGUUCAUUUCAAUACAUGCAUAUUCAGUGUAGAGAAAAUCUGUCUUGUACAGAGAGAGCACUUAAAGUAACACAUAUAUAUGAGCUCUUUAAACUUUUGCCUAUAAUAUUUUGUUUAUUUGUACACUUUAACAAACUAUUUAACUUUUUCUAGUGGUAGAAACAUUUUGACAAAAAAAAUGGGUUUCGUAAUUCUUUUCACCAUGCCUAUCUGAUUGGUAAAUUUAGUGCUGUGAUCAAUAUUGGAUAUCACUUUAAAUCACAUUUUCUUGCACAAAAUUCUGUUCAUAAAUGCCUUGUAUAUCAUUGCCUCUUUGAUACCAGUGCAUGACUUGUACAUUGUAUAAUGAUAAUGUAUGAAAAGACAUGUCUCAUACUCAUAAGGCUGUAAUUAAGUGUUAACAAAAUGAUUUCAAAUUGGCUUAAUUGAUGGUGAUCAGUGGUUAUAUUGUGCAAUUCUAAUGAAGCAUACUCUGUUCUUUUAGGCUAUGGUUCAAUUUUAGGGGGGGGGGGGGUUGUACAUUCCGAAAAAAUAGCAAAAUUUUUAUAUUUGUUUGACAAAUACACUCAUUAUUUGUAUUUCAUUUUUAAUCAUUUAUUUGAUUUCAAGACAUAUAAAAGCAAUUUUUCAUAAAUGGAGAAAAUAAAGCAAAAAAUACUAUAAACUGAUUAAAGAGUAAGCUAGGCUUUUCCUGAUGAAUGGGCCCCCUCAUCAACCAUGUUGGUUUAUGAAUUGAUUGCACUUGAGUGUGCUGUGUAUCAGAUCAUGACCGAAAACAAUGUCACUUUGUAAGGCAAUGAAGUAGGAUUUAUCAUAUAUGAAAUACUGUGCAAUUAGGAUUAAUAAUCUGAAGAAGUGUGACAGGGAUGUAGUCAAGGCCGGUACUUGCCAGUCACAAGGCUGCUGGAGAAGACCAUCUUCAAUAGACUGUACAUGUGACUCGGCCUGAGGCCAAGGCCGGCAAAAUGUGACCUCGAGGCCGGUCUUAGCUAAAUUUCUGGUGUGUAGUAAUAGACCUCUGUUGGGUUGAAGACAAGAAGGGAGACAGAAAUGAAUCAUCUGUUCUAGGUGUACAUUGCUACAUUAUCUAAUGAAAUUUGACAUUUAUCUAAUGUUACUGUAAAUCUAAGUAUUUCGCAUCAUGUUUUUGUUUCAUACACAUAAAUAAAGUGAAUCCUACAGUACAAUUGACUGGGUUUAUGCAGGUGAAGAGUGUACCAUCAUUUUCACCUAAUCUUAUAUGAACAGUGUAUUUUAUUUUUAAUGUGCAAGCAUGGUUCUCAAUUGGGGACCUACAUUCAUUAUCUUAACUCAUGGGUUGAUUUGUGACAACUUCAACGUAAGAGGUAUCUUCAAACUCAUUACGGUAAUUAAUAUUUUAUAGAUAGACAUUAUAAUUUGAAUCAAAUCUUUAUGUAUAAAGCUGUGUUUGUAACAGAAUCUCCUGCAAUUUAAACAUUGUGUUGUCUAAGAAAGGCAAUUUUAUUGUUUUUUUUACACACACAAUACUGGUAAAAAUUAAAUAAUUGAUAUAAAAAUCUGUUAAGUAUGUACAUGUACUCAUAAUGUUCUUUAGAAAAGACUGGAAUAAAAAUUUACUUUUAAAUGUA